CAAGGGAUCGCGACGCAGGCCAUGCCCGGCGACUCCCCAGCACUGUGGGAGCUGGUGGAGGAGCAUGUUCCACUCCCAGAGCGGCCUGAAGUGAAGAGGAUUCUGGGGGAGGCAGCAGUGGACCUGAGCCUGGAGUUGCGAGAGGAGGUGGGAGUCUGGUGGUUGGGAGUGGGUCACAUUCCAGGCCUGCCCUGCAACUCACGUGAUUUCCUGUGCCCCUACCAGGUCCCAAGCCCUAUUUGGUGAACCCCUAAUACCUUGUUCUCACCGGCUGCCCUUGCCCUCCCCUGUUUGGCUCCUCCCAUCCCUGACAACCCCCCACCAACACACUACACCCAUCCCCUCUGCCCCAGUGGCAAGGUGCCCAGCUCUCCUUGCAGGUGGCAAUGCUAAAGGCGCUACUCCAAGAGAUCCAGUCUUCUCAAGUUUCGGGAUCCCACCCCAUCUCCGACCCUCCCUCCCUUCUGGCACCGCCCCCUCCUCUGAGGGACCUCAUGCGCCAAGAACUCCGACAGUUGCUCCAAGGCCUCCGCCUUAAGGCCAUCUGUGAGGGCAGGGACCAGACCCAGGUGUGGGCCCAGUAUAGUCCUAGGGUUCUUCGCUUUGCCUUAGAGGAGCCCAGAUGUGACUCAACACAACCGGAAGUAUUCUCGAUGAGAGCUGGUGAGCCCAGGACUAAAAUGAGCAACACAGAGACAGUGACGUUAACCCCACCUGCCAGCAGCUGUCACAGGGACCUCAGUGUCAUCAAGGACCAACUGAACGUGUCAAACAUUGACCAGGUUGUCAGACACCUGAGGGGCCUCCUGGAAGAGGAGUGUCACAUGUUGCAACGCAAGGUCUCUGACCUGCAGCACUGUUUGGAAAUGGAGCAGGAGCAGGCUUGCCAGGCUACCCUGAUGCCCACCCUGACAGAGAUAAAGGAGCAGAAGGCGGCCAUGCAACAGGAGCUACAGGUCUCUCUGGGGCCUUCCUAUACCUCUGCCAUACACAGGCAGAAGCCCUUGAGGUCAUCCAUUCCAGGCCUCAGACCCUUCCCUUGUCUCCAUGGCUACAUGCCUACACCACCUCCGGAGCACUGCCCCCACCCUCAAGGUCAGGCAAUCACCGGACGUUGGGGACGAAAACUUCGGUACAGCUGUUGGGAAGAGCCAACUUCCACAUCAGUGUCUGGUGGGGCACCCCGGGCCCCGACCUGAGUGACUGGUCACAAA